CAAUUCCGACGUCACUUUGCCAUUCCGCGCGCCUGGCCGAAGAACGCAUCUCCAUUUCCUCGAGUCUCCUCCGCCGAACACGAACCAUGGCGACUAUCGGAAGUCUCCAGCGCAUCACUGCUGACAAACUCUCCGCUCUUCUAUUGGCAGAGCAGGCUGCAGGCACUUCGUCUGUGGCCGUCGUUGACGUUCGCGAUAAUGACUACCUCGGCGGUCAUAUCAAAGGAUGUAUCAAUAUGCCCUCUAGAAGUCUCGAUGCUAGGAUGCCCACCCUCAUGCGCCACCUCGAAGGCAAGAAGACGGUCGUAUUCCACUGCGCCUUGUCACAGCAACGAGGACCCAGUGCUGCCCUUCGAUAUCUCCGAGAGCGCGACCAGACUCUCGCCUCCAAGGCUUCCUCUGGCUCGGCCGAAGACUCGGCAGCUGCGGAGCCACAGACAGUAUACGUUCUGGUUCGCGGAUUCGUCGGUUGGCAGGAAACUCACGGCGACGACGAACGAUUGACCGAGGGAUAUAGCAAGGAACUCUGGAAAGAUGGCUAUUGGAUGUGAACUUCUACAAUGUAAAUUCCAUGCUCCCAAGUCACUGCGUGUCUAGGAAACGAAGUGCUUGGUUACUCAUUGAGGGCUUGCUCGGUCUUCCGGGUGCGACUCCGUGUCUCAUGGCCCAUGGUAGCCAUGUCGUACCGGCUUGCAUAGAGGAUGUCUGCCUUGAAUCCCUGAGAUCUAGCUCUUUCAGGCCAAGUGGUGAUAUGAGCUGAAUCCCAAAAUUCGUUCUGCUCAGUGAUUGGAAUAGGCUGGUAAAGGUACAUCAGAUAAUCGAAUGUUUGAUGUCAGAACUCGCGUUUCUCGCCUUUGAGACGUGUCAUUGGAUUAGAAUCUGGCGGUCUUAUCUUGCGAUCUCGACCACGUUCCGUCAACAAGAAUCUCAAGACAUGCA